AUGUUUUUUCAAGAAUCAUCCGAUUCAGAUUCAGAUUUUGAAGAAGAGUUGGAAUUAUUGGCGUUGGCAACGCUUCUAACUAAACAAAGAAAAAGAAGAAGAUAUUGGAUACAUCCCGUAAAUAGAAAAAGAGAGAGCAGAGGCGAGUUUCAUUGUCUCGUUAAAGAGCUUGAGAGUGAUGCAGAAAAAUUUCAUCAGUAUUUUAGAAUGUCUAAGGCACAGUUUGAGGAAAUUCAUCGUUUGAUUGAAGAAGACAUCAAAAAAAUACGGACAAAAUUUCGUAAACCUAUUGGAACAAAAGAAAGACUUGCAGUAUGUUUAAGGUAA